AUGAGUAUUUCAUCGGAGCACAAGCCCCUUGGGAAGCAGGUCGCCGGCAGCCUGCAUAUGGUGAGUAAGUUGUCACCAAUUGUGGAGUUAAAUGUUGGUGGGGAGAUGUACACGACAACACUGAGCACCUUGAAGAAACACCCUGGCUCUAAGCUGGCAGAGAUGUUCACCGGCCAGCCCAAACUCAGGACUGACUCUGAAGGGAGGUUCUUCAUUGACAGGCCAGGCACCUACUUCAAAUACAUCUUGGAAUACCUGCGCAGUAACCAAGUGCCCACCCAGUGCAUCCAGGACGUCUACAAGGAGGCGUUGUUCUAUGACAUAGAACCUUUGAUCAAGCAGCUUGAGGACUCCCCACAGAUCUUUGGGGAGCUCGUGGCGAGGAGGCAGUUUCUGGCUCGUGUGCCCAACUACAGCGAGAACAUCGAGCUGAUGAUCCGCAUCGCCAGGGCGGAAGCGGUUGCAUCCCGACAGUCCAGCGUCAUCGUAUGUGUGGUCAGAACCGAGGAGGACGCAGCCAGGUGUCAGGAUGUCUUGAACAGUUUGGACAUGGAUAAAAAAUCUGUGGUGAAGUUUGGCCCCUGGAAGGCUGUGCCCAGUAUUUCUGAUCUGCUGGACUGCAUUCAAAUGGAUGUUGAAGCCAAAGGGUAUAAAAUAUCCUUUCAGCCCCAUGUUGCUGAAAAAGGUUUUCGCUUCAAAUCGCAUGACUUCUUCUACAAGUUCCUGUUCACCUGGUGGUAGCAAAGUGCUGCCAUUGGUAGGGAACAUUAGAAAGCAAUCACUGGAACAAAUUAACCUGGACUGUGGAGACUAA